AUGUUGAAUUAAUAAAUAAGUAUUACAAAUGUAUUCUACAAAAGAUAGAUGUAAUAUUAAAGAUCUAUAUUAGAAUUUUUUCAUUAGCAUCAAAUAAUACACAUUUUUUCACUCUAUCAUAAGAAAAUGAAGUUUUUAUUUAUGAAUGGAAGAAUUAAAUUAUUCAUUAAAUUAAUAACCUAUUCCUAUUGAUCCUACAUUUAAAUACUUAAAUAUAAAUUUAUUUUUAGGUUUUGAAAUUUUACUUGAUUGUUACAAGGAUAGCUAAUUAUUCUUUUUUGUAAAUAAUUGACACAUAACCAAAAAUUGUUAAUUAGUCUUAAUCCUUUUUACCAAUAUCAGCAAAAAUAAAUACAAUAGUUAAUGGUUCAAAUACUUUUUUAAUAUACGCUUAAUAUUUUCAGAAUUAUUCGAUUCUCACACUAAUUUUAGAUAAUUUAACAAUUUAAGUUGGUACUCUAAUUAAUUUAAUGAUUUUGAUACUCCUUUAAUUAUAACUUUCAACUUUAACACAAGUGAUGAUAAAACAGUAAUUUACUCAUAUAAUAUUUUAUGAAAAUUCUAAAUAAUACUCUUAAUGUGAUUAUAUUUGGUAUGUUAUAGUUAAGCUUACCUUUUUAUUAUACAGAUGUUAAUUAGUAUUUUGGGUGUGA